AUGAUAGGGGAGGCUUGUAAUUCCAAAGAUUCAAAGAAGAUCGAUGGGGCUCCUACUUGUUCUGCCAACUACCAAGCUAUUAAUGAAAGUGGGUCAACCCAAUCUCUCACUAAAACAUCACUAGGCAGUGAACACAAAGAUACUCCACCAAACCCACCAUCUUUGCCAAAUGAAGUCAUUGCAAACAAGACUCCAUCCGCGACUUCAACCACAAUUGAUGUAGACAUAGAGGACUACCACAGCAUCCAAGAGUUCCCAACUCUCCCUACGGGUAACAAUGUUUGGGACUCUUCCCCUAUUCCCACGGUUGUGGGAUCUUCUAAUGGGCAGCAUCCAAGCAAGCAUAUGAGUGUUUCACAAUCUAAGCCCACACCUACAAAGCCAUGGAGCCAAGUAUUAAAGCAGAAUGUUAUGGAAAAAUCCAGAUCUCUGCAACAACACCCUUCUGAGGCCAACUCAGUUAGGCUAGAUAAGGGAAAGGCAAUUGCAACUUUGAUUGGAUUAGAGCAGUAA